AUGAGGUCAUUGCCACCUCUCAACAUGCAGCCAUUGCCAUCUCUCAACAUGAGGUCAUUGCCAUCUCUCAACAUGAGGUCAUUGCCACCUCUCAACAUGAGGUCAUUGCCAUCUCUCAACAUGAGGUCAUUGCCAUCUCUCAACAUGAGGUCAUUGCCAUCUCUCAACAUGAGGUCAUUGCCAUCUCUCAACAUGAGGUCAUUGCCACCUCUCAACAUGAGGUCAUUGCCACCUCUCAACAUGAGGUCAUUGCCAUCUCUCAACAUGAGGUCAUUGCCAUCUCUCAACAUAAGGUCAUUGCCAUCUCUCAACAUGAGGUCAUUGCCAUCUCUCAACAUGAGGUCAUUGCCACCUCUCAACAUGAGGUCAUUGCCACCUCUCAACAUGAGGUCAUUGCCAUCUCUCAACAUGAAGUCAUUGCCAUCUCUCAACAUGAGGUCAUUGCCAUCUCUCAACAUGAGGUCAUUGCCACCUCUCAACAUGAGGUCAUUGCCAUCUCUCAACAUGAGGUCAUUGCCACCUCUCAACAUGAGGUCAUUGCCAUCUCUCAACAUGAGGUCAUUGCCACCUCUCAACAUGAGGUCAUUGCCAUCUCUCAACAUGAAGUCAUUGCCACCUCUCAACAUGCAGCCAUUGCCACCUCUCAACAUGAAGUCAUUGCCACCUCUCAACGUACAGGUCGUAAGAGCAGGUCGGUGGCUCCCAGGGUCACGGAAGAGCAGGUCGGUGGCUCCCAGGGUCACGGAAGAGCAGGUCGGUGGCUCCCAGGGUCACGUAAGAGCAAGUCGGUGGCUCCCAGGGUCACGGAAGAGCAGGUCGGUGGCUCCCAGGGUCACGGAAGAGCAGGUCGGUGGCUCCCAGGGUCACGGAAGAGCAAGUCGGUGGCUCCCAGGGUCACGGAAGAGCAGGUCGGUGACUCCCAGGGUCACGGAAGAGAAGGUCGGUGGCUCCCAGGGUCACGGAAGAGCAGGUCGGUGGCUCCCAGGGUCACGUAAGAGCAGGUCGGUGGCUCCCAGGGUCACGGAAGAGCAGGUCGGUGACUCCCAGGGUCACGGAAGAGAAGGUCGGUGGCUCCCAGGGUCACGGAAGAGCAGGUCUGUGGCUCCCAGGGUCACGGAAGAGCAGGUCGGUGGCUCCCAGGGUCACGGAAGAGCAGGUCGGUGGCUCCCAGGGUCACGGAAGAGCAGGUCGGUGACUCCCAGGGUCACGGAAGAGAAGGUCGGUGGCUCCCAGGGUCACGGAAGAGCAGGUCUGUGGCUCCCAGGGUCACGGAAGAGCAGGUCGGUGGCUCCCACGGUCACGGAAGAGCAGGUCGGUGGCUCCCAGGGUCACGUAAGAGCAAGUCGGUGGCUCCCAGGGUCACGGAAGAGCAGGUCGGUGGCUCCCAGGGUCACGGAAGAGCAGGUCUGUGGCUCCCAGGGUCACGGAAGAGCAGGUCGGUGGCUCCCAGGGUCACGGAAGAGCAGGUCGGUGGCUCCCAGGGUCACGGAAGAGCAGGUCGGUGACUCCCAGGGUCACGGAAGAGAAGGUCGGUGGCUCCCAGGGUCACGGAAGAGCAGGUCUGUGGCUCCCAGGGUCACGGAAGAGCAGGUCGGUGGCUCCCAGGGUCACGGAAGAGCAGGUCGGUGGCUCCCAGGGUCACGUAAGAGCAAGUCGGUGGCUCCCAGGGUCACGGAAGAGCAGGUCGGUGGCUCCCAGGGUCACGGAAGAUCCUUGCCUUGA